GCUGGAGCUGCAGCAACUUAUGAUGUCAUGGUGAGAUGCCAUAGGUGGUCCGUGUGGACUCGUACGCAUGACCUGCGUGAACUUCCAAGUAGGUGGACUUUAAGGUUCAUUGCAGCAAACACCUCGAGCUCUGUUAUCCAGGAUGCAGCACUACCUAACAUGUUUACCGUCGAGAAAACUCCUCCACGCCUUCGUUUAACACACAUGGCCCUCAGUGUUUUCUGUUCUCCACCUACAGGAUGUGUUUGGAGAUCACCUGUCCAGCGACGCCAUGGGCCCUUCACCUCCAUGUUCUCUCAGGGUCCUUGCCAGAGAGAGGCCGCAGACCCCACCCACAUGAUCCCGUCCCUCGCUGCCCAUCAAACCAUCAGCCUUGCACAUCAAGAAGAAACAAAAUCAAACCCACAGAAAACCAAGAGGUCGUGGAGGAAAGGACGAGGAGAGGAGGCUGCAGGGACGUUGGAGAGCGAUGCUGUGCAAAGAAAAACUACGACCUCUGGAUUAAAAAGGGAGCUGUGCUUGUGUGCUUGCAUGAGGCAGCCAGCCAGCCACACUGCCACUCCAGCCGCUGUCAAUCAACAGGCUAUCAUAGCCUUUGAUGACAACGUCGUGUCGCGGCGAGAACAGCAGCUGUCUCUCAUGAGAAGUGCUCCCAGUCAAUCUGUUAGCGGGCCAAUCCGGGCUAACACAAUAGCCAGUUAGGAGCAGCGUGUGAAAGGCCUGUAGGAUUUAAUGGGUUCAGAUGAUAUAUCACCUCACUCUGACUCGCGGAAAAUAAACACACAGAGUGCCGCCAAAAGUGGCUGGAGAGAGUUUUUUUUCCUCCAUUUGCUGGUGAGAAUUUUAUAUUGCUGGAAAAUGUGUGUGCCACAAGGAAGUGAUGAGUCAAUGAUGGUGCAGCGUCAUGAUGUUUUUUUCUUUCAGUACUUUGUCAAAAGUGACCACAUUUUGGUAAGUGAAGCCAAAAACAGCUCCCUGAUUCUAUAAGCAAUGCUUAGUGGAGUCAUUUUUGAUGAAGUGUGAAAUUAAGAGUGUCUUCAGUAAGUUCAGGUACCAUGUAGGCCACAUAAUAUGUUUUGUAGUCAGCUGCUGCCAUCUUUUCUAGAUGCAAUAGUGUGGAUCUGAUUUGCUAGGUUUUUAAAUAUCAGGAGUACGAGGAGUUUGUAAAUCUGAAAAAACUGUUCCAACAUGAACUUGGCCUCACUUUUGAAGGGUAACCAAGGAUUUGUAAAAAGAAUAAAACACCAAGCUG